CACGUACUGGACUGCACGAUAGUUUCUUCUCGCCCUAGUCAGGACUUUAUAACUUCUCUAGCUGUGCUUAUUAUUGAAUCAACAGGUGCGAGGAGUUUGAGGAAUCAGGCCGCUGGUUAAUCUGCUUUGACCUGAUCACACGUCUCAUCACAGCAUGACAAGUCGCACCCGAGCCUGCAGGUUUACUGAUCAGCUGGAGAACGGAGUGUGACUGACGGAAGGGAGCAGAGUUCACAGAAAUGACGGAAAGGGUUAACAACUUCCCCCCGCUGCCCAAGUUUAUCCCGCUGAAGCCCUGUUUCUAUCAGGACUUUGAGGAGGACAUCCCUGCAGCCCACCAGCAGCUGGUCAGGAGAGUGUAUUACCUCUGGAUAUUGUAUUCAAUCACACUGGCCGUGAAUCUCAUCGCCUGCCUUGCCUGGUGGAUCGGGGGUGGGAGUGGAGCUAAUUUCGGGUUGGCGUUCGUGUGGCUGAUCCUGUUCAGCCCCUGCAGUUAUGUCUGCUGGUUCCGGCCCCUCUAUAAGGCUUUGAAGACUGACAGCUCCUUUAACUUCAUGGCCUUCUUCUUUAUCUUCGGGGCGCAGUUCGUGCUGGUGGGGAUCCAGGCUCUGGGGAUCUCUGGCUGGGGAGCCUGCGGGUGGAUCGCUGCAGUCAUGUUUUUCAGCUCCAAUAUCGGCGCAGCCGUGGUGAUGCUCGUGUCAGCCAUCAUGUUCACCGUGGUUACCGUCAUGAUGGGCGUGGCGCUGUUUAGGGUGCACAGGAUGUAUCGUGGAGGGGGCGGAAGCUUCCACAAGGCGCAGGAGGAGUGGAGCAGCGGCGCGUGGAAGAACGAGCGAGUCCGCGAGGCCGGGUUCCAUGCUGUGUCCGGGGCGGGGAACACCCUGCCCCAGUAUCCCACUCCCGUCCCGAGCUACCCCAGUGAUGAGCACUGGUCCUAAACACCCGCGCCCCCUCCCUGCACCCCGUGAACCACCAGACUCGCACACAAACGCUUUCUUGCAGCUUACGAAGCGGCUUCCUGAAAAGGGGCCGUUUUUAAGCACUUUUCACUUACGACCCAAAUUGAGAUUAUUUUAUAAUCCGGUGAAAAUAUAAUCAGUUUAAUCAGUCGAUCAAUCGAUCAAUUCCUCUAUUUAACCAGGUAAAAAAAAAUAAUAACAGAAAUAAUUCUCAAUUUUUAAAAUGAGUGAUCUGGACAAGAAAUCCCCAAACUGCAGCAAAGACGACAUAUAAUUAACAUCCUUCGUAAAAAACGAAAAGCACUAACAGAACAGGAAGAAGAAAAUCGCUUGCUGAGCUGCAAGAAGAAAGUUGCCCUGGUGUUUCAUGGGCUUUACCUUCCCAGAACCGGACCGAGGGGGGCUGUAUCUGCAAAAAACCAAACAAAACAGAAAUCUACAGGCCCAGCAGUGGGGUAAGAGAUACAGGACCAGUUUGACAGCCCCUGAUUUGUACUAGACUUGGACUGCGUGAUGUUAGAUUAGACAAGACAGCCCGAGAUUAGUGCGAAUCAGGGUCUGAAAGCAGCUGUCAGACUGCUAGCUGUUUAAAGACAUUACAAUGAGCAUCGUCAUGCCUGAGCUGCAUUACACAUAUUGGAGCUGCAACUCAGACCCUGUCCACAGUGUCUACAGAAGGCAUGAUCGCCACCAUUCACUUCAUGCUCCGUUUUCAGCGUGGGGGGUUGGGCAGUAUUUUGGUGGCAUGAACAGGGCAUGCGUUUCCAGGGAAGUCUGGAAUGGCUCCAAUGCCAUGCAACAGUAAUCUAUUACCUGGAUACCUGGAUAGUUUGAUUUUUUUUUUUUUUUUUUAUAUAUAUAUAACAGAAAGUGGCAUUGUUUUUAAUUCAGGUGGAUAACCUUCUUUCCAAAUGGUUUACAUUUCAUAUCACAGAACCGGAGAUGCGUGCUCCGUCAGCUUCUCAUUUUCUAAUGUAAACUGCAAUUGCUACCAGCUAUUUUUUUUUAACGUUUUAAAAUCCUUGCUAGAUUUCUUUUGCAAGAAUGCAACGGGACCAGUUACACUGUAUUAUGCAGCUCUGUUUUAAAGGGGACCUAAUGCAGUCAUAUCCAGAGAACAGUUCUGUCUACAACUGCCAUGUUUAUAUCCCAUCCCCAGAGCCAAACUGCUCUCCCCAAAAGAGAUAUCUGUGUGCUUUAUACAACGGAGCUGUCUGAUUCUGCAUGUGGGAUAUUCUAGAUAAAACAGUAAAACAUUGCUCUGCAUACAAAUUGUUUUUUUUUUCUACAGAUAUAAACAUGUCAGUGGUUUGAACAGCAGUGGAGCUUAAUAUAGUAACACAGAUCACUCUCAGCUGUAUAUUGAUUGUAAUAAAUCACACAGUUGGAAAACACUAGCACGUAUUUUGAUCAGGCGCAGGCAUGGAAAUAAGACUCCUGUUGCAUAGCAGUUUCACCCAUUCCAGGUUUUACUAUGCGCUUGAUUAGCCACAGUGAGUAAGUAGCGCAGGCGGGUCUUAUUAAACUCAGCAAAACCAGGAGUGGAUCAGACUGCUAUGCAGUGGGAGUCUUAUUUCCAUCCCUGUCCAGAUCAUUAAAAUAGACUCUUAUUAGUGUCUUACUGGGCUGUUGAAGGAAAUCAAAGCUCCCAGCAGCUUGAAUGGCAUUCUUAUUGUAGUGAAUUAUUGGGAAUGAAGGUACAGCCCCCUUCUUAACACUCCUCCAACCUCCCCUCUCCUAGAGACACGAGGUGGAUAAGUAAGGGACCAGACUGGUUUGUACAGUGCUUUGCAGAGUCCACACUGUACUGGUUUAAAUCCCUGUAAAAGAAGGCAGGGUGGUGCAGAAACCAGAACCGGUUUUGUUUUUAUAGAGCUGAAAACGUGACUCUCAUCUGCUUGGAGAGCUUUCUUUUCUUUUUUUUUUUUAGUUGGCUGAUGUGCUGAAAUCUUUGCGUGAAUAAAAGGGUGGGAAUCAGAAUGGCAUUGCGAACCGUUUUGAGCAGCUCUGGUGCCUCCCAGGCGCUUGAGUUAAUGACAAUUGCACUUAAUUACGCCUAAUUAGACAAUCAUGUGCUUCGCAUGCAAACCCCCUGGUCACGUCUGGUUCCAGGAACUAAAUUCUUUUUUCCAUCCCUAGCAUUAGUUCAUAUCAUCUUAGAUAGACAGAUUUAGUGUGAGCGAUUUUAGUUCCUUUAUGACAUGACUGAAUUGAUCAGGUGUUGGUCUUGACUACAUGUGCCUUCGUCACUUGUCUUAAUUUAAGCAGUGUAACACAGUGGAGUGAUAUGAGCCUUUUGAUUAUACCUUUGAUGGUGCCUCUCUAAAUUGAUUUGGGCUGCGUCUCCGACCCAUAAACUGCAAAUCCCCUCGCCAUAAUGUGCUGCUUAACUCCUGCUUAGUGUGCUAAAACACUAUUAUAACAACGACUACAAGAAGUACACACUAAAUAGUAAACUUUGGCAGUACCCAGCAAAUAAAGGAGGAUUCUCAUUCCAGUACCUGCUACAUAAGAGAAGUACAGAUGUUAACAAACUAGCCACCUCUCUCUGCUUGCUGUUAUCUAUUCUAUAUAUAACUGACAUUUCCAUUUUUGUGUUUUUUAACUUGAGCCUUGACAGUGUUAUAUUGUAUUUUCUUAAUCUGCGUUAAGGUGGGAUUGUUGUGUUAAAUUGUAUUGUUGACUGACUAUACUGGAUCUACACUUAAUAAACAUUCCUUUGUCUCAGCA